ACUCAUGGCACAGCUUGUCUGGGCUUUGUGCUGUGAUACAGAACCUGUUCUUUUUGGAGAAGAGGGUGCAGAGGGGACAAGGUGGGUGUCAUGGUGCUGUCACAGUGUGUGCAGAGUACAGGUAUGAGGGGAGCCCUUCCCCUGCCAGGGCUUUGCUUUGCAGGGAUUUCCAUCUCAGCUGCUCACACUGUGGCUGCAUCCAUAUUUCCUUGGUAGUUUCUGCUUGUUUUCACCUGGAAUGCUGGGAGGCAGUGCUUGGCUUGCUGCUCCUGCUUGCUCUGCUUGGCAGGUUGUGAUUUUUUGGUGGCAUGGGCCCUGCAGGACUGUGAAAUCCCUGUGAGAUGACACUGUUUGGAUGUGUGGGAGCAGCUCUGAGCAUUGCAGAGAUCACCAGCCCCGUGGUGUGGGAGCCUCUGGGCAUCCAGACUUGUGCAUGACUGAGGCAGGAGUACUUGGCUUUGUGAUAAUCCUAGGAACAGUUCCCAACCUUCCUCCUUUCCCUAGUCUUGCUUAAAUGACAAGGUGUAACUAACUCGUGGGAGGUUUUCCUUGAUUUAAAGUUAUUCCCUGUUCCCUGGAACCCCCUGUGAGCAGCCUGCUUGCCUUUGGCUCUGCAAGGCAGAGCUGGCAGUGCUGUGGGCAGCCUUGGGGGGAGGCUCUCGUGCUGUCCCACAGCUGAGGAUUCCUGUUUAGAGAGGCUCAGUCACUGCAGUGUUCAUCUUCACCUCUCUCUUCAAUCCUGUCUUCCUUCCUCUCAGGUAGUAACGUGCUUCAAUUUAGAAUUUCAAAGAUUUAAACAGCCAGUCUGCUUUUAGGGGUAGGAAAGGAUCCCUAAAGACCAUCCACAGCUGACAACCCCACACUGCUGCUGUCAGGCUGAUUUCCUCUCGGGAGGAGGAGGCGGGAAGGCGCCUCGAGUUGAGAGGCAGCAGGAACCUGCAGGAACCUGCUUCUCCCUUCCCCGAGCUGCCCUGCCCCUCCCGCGGCUUGCUCCAGCUUUCCUGGCCAUUGCAACACCCCUGCGGACGUUCAGCCUCGCUGAAGGGCUGCAGCGCUGCCGGGGCGGGCUGUGCCGGGCCUGGGGCGAUGUCCCGUCGGGGCUGCCCGGGCACGGGCAUUCCCGGCUGGACAAUCAUUGCCGAGGUCACACACCGGGCCGCGGGAGGAAUGUUUCCACUCCGGCAGCCUUUGCCGUCCUGUCCUGGCGGCUGGGCGCGGUGCCAGAGGCUCGGCAGGGCCUCUCCCCAACCGCUUCAUCCCGCCGGUCCCUCCCGGAGCGCGGCCGCGCCCCGUCCCGCUCUCUGUAAAUACCUGUACAAAGAACCAACCAAUAAAGCGCUGAACGAACGCCUCUGCCACCCGCCUCUCACUGCCCGGCGGCGCUACGGCCGCCAACCCCCCUGCCCUUUCCCGGGGCUCCUUUCCCGGGGUUCUGGUCCCGGUCCCGGUCCGGUCCGGUCCCUCUCGCUGCCCACGUGGAUCCCCGCAGUCCCGGUCGCGCCGGAAGUGACGCAGGGCGGCCGCGCCGAGGCGGCGGCGGCGAGGCGGCAGCAUGGUGAUGGCGGCGGCGGGCGCGCACCGGCCCGGGCCGCUCAAGCAGCAGAACAAGGCGCACAAGGGCGGCAAGCACAGCGGCUCCUCGCAGCGCCGCGCUGGAGGCCGCGUCCCCGUCAAGGCCCAGCCCCGCCGGCGGCUCCGCGACCUGAGCAGGGUGGACCGGCGGCAUCAGGCGCUGCAGCUCCGCCGGCAGCGCAAGGAGGCGGUGCUGGCGGAGAAGCGCAGCCUGGGCAGCAGGGACGGGCCCCCGCACCUCGUGGUUGUGGUGCUGCUGCACAGCCGGGCCGCGGCGCAGGACUCGCUGCGGCUGCUGCAGGGGCAGGACUCGGCCGCUGUCCGCGCCGAUGAGGGCGGAGCCGGUGGCUUUGCCCUGCUCUGCCCCCGGCUCAAGCAGCGCUGGCGCUUUGUCACAGCCCAGCCAGGGGAUCUCCACGCUGUGUUAGACCUUGCCAAGGUUGCUGACUCGCUGCUGUUCCUCCUGGACCCUGUGGAUGGCUGGGACAGUGCAGGGGAACACUGCCUCUCCUGCCUCUUUGCACAGGGGCUCCCCAGUUAUGCUCUGGCUGUCCCGGGAGGCUCCGACCUGCCCCCUAAGAAGAGGAUAGAUGCCAGGAAGAAGCUCUCCAAGUGCAUCGAGAAGCGUUUUCCCGAGGCCAAGCUGUUCCCCCUGAACACGGAGCAGGAAUGCUCGCUGCUCCUGAGGCACCUGAGCUCCCAGAAGCAGAGGCACCUGGCGUUCCGUGCCCGCCGCGCUCACCUGCUGGCCCGUGCUGCUGAGUUUGUGCCCAGCCAGGACAGCCAGCUGCUGGGCACCCUGAAGGUGUCAGGCUUUGUCCGGGGACACACCCUCAGCGUGAACAGCCUGGUGCACAUCGUGGGCCACGGGGACUUCCAGCUGAGCCAGGUGGAUGCUCCCCCUGACCCGCUCUCCUUGAACCCACGGGUGCUUAAAGCACAGAAGAGGAGUCAGGACAUGGAGGUGCAGGAGGACUCUGGAAAUGGUGCUGUUGAGAUGGAGGAAGAUGUCAAGGUGCUGAUGAAGGCACAUCCAAGCAAGCAGGAGUCUCUGCAGUCAGAAGUGGUUCCUGAUCCCAUGGAAGGGGAGCAGACGUGGCCCACUGAAGAAGAGCUGCAGGAAGCAGAGGAUUCUCUGAAGGCAAACAGGAGGGUGGUGAAGGUCCCCAAAGGCACAUCCAAGUACCAGGCUGCCUGGAUUGUGGAUGAUGGAGAAGAAGGCAGUGAGAAAGAUGAUGAUGAUGAUGAAGAUGAUGACAUGGAUGAUGAUAUGAUGGAAGAGGCAGUUUCUCAGGAGGGGGAGAGCAGUGAGGAGGAGGCUGGGGAGGAGGAGGAGAGCGAGACCAUGACCGUGUCCGAGUGCCUGCGGGAUGAGCAGUACGACGAGAAGAUGGAGGAGGAUGAGCAGAUGCUGGAGAGAUACAAGCAGGAGAGAAUGGAUGAGAUGUUUCCAGAUGAGGUGGACACGCCACGGGAUGUGCCUGCCAGAGUCAGGUUCCAGAAGUACAGGGGGCUGAAAAGCUUCCGGACUUCUCCUUGGGACCCCAAAGAGAAUCUUCCAAGGGAUUAUGCCAGGAUCUUCCAGUUCCAGGACUUCUCCCGAACCAGAAAGAACCUCUUCAGGCAAAUAGAGAAGGAGGAGACUGAGGGAGCUUCGGUGGGCUGGUACGUUACACUUCAUGUCUGCAAUGUCCCUGUCUCAGUGAUGGAGAGCUUCAAGGAGGGGAAACCCCUGGUCCUGUUCUCACUGCUUCCCCACGAACAAAAGAUGUCUGUGUUGAACUUCCUGGUGCGUCGGCAUCCUGGCAACAGCCAGCCAGUGAGGGCCAAGGAGGAGCUGAUCUUCCACUGCGGGUUCAGGCGCUUCCGAGCGUCCCCCCUGUUCUCCCAGCACACCUCAGCUGAUAAGCACAAGCUGGAGCGUUUCCUGCGCCCAGAUGCUGCCCUGGUGGUGACUGUCUACGCUCCCAUCACUUUCCCUCCUGCCUCAGUGCUGCUUUUCAAACAGAGAAGUAAUGGAAUGCACGACCUCAUUGCCACGGGCUCCCUGCUCUCCGUGGACCCCGACAGGAUUGUCAUCAAGCGCCUGGUGCUCAGCGGCCACCCCUUCAAGAUCUUCACCAAGACGGCUGUCGUGCGAUACAUGUUCUUCAACAGAGAGGAUGUGAUGUGGUUCAAGCCCGUGGAGCUGAGGACAAAGUGGGGACGCAGGGGGCACAUCAAGGAGCCAUUAGGGACCCAUGGGCAUAUGAAGUGCCACUUUGAUGGGCAGCUCAAGUCCCAGGACACGGUGCUGCUGAACCUCUACAAGCGUGUUUUUCCCAAAUGGACUUAUGACCCUCAUGUCCCAGAGCCUGUGCCGUGGGUGAGGAGUGAGAGUGCACUGCCAGAGCAGGAGGUGGAGAUGGAAUGAGUGUCCAGCAUGGCUGGAGUUUGUGCCUUGGCUCCCUGGAUGCUGUUGGCCCGUGCACUGUGAGGACAGCACUGAUGCCUUGGACGUGUUACUGCUGGGGUCUGUACAGGGGCAGCUGCAUCGCCAGCUGCUGCUCAG